AUGCUACGUAGCGCUGUCACCCGCACUGCCCUCAAGGCGACCGGCCAGAGUGGCCUUGGUGGCUCCUCUAGCCAUGCCGAAGGCAUGCAUCCCAAUCUCGGACUUCACAACGCCGCAGCUAGCGGCAACAUCGGUCUAGUCAAGUUCGCCCUUGAGAAUGGUCAGCCCGCCAACAGCAAUCUCAACGGUAUUUUGCCCUUGCAUGCCGCCUGCUCUGGUGGCAGCGAGCAAAGCGUUCGUAUGCUCAUCUUCCACGGCACCGACGUCAACACGCCCCGUCUCAAGGCCAAAGGAUCUAGCGGUGGUCCAGACAAAGAGGCUCUCCUCCCUGAGGCUCUCGCUCUUGGCAACGGUCAUACCGAAUGCGCCAAUCUUAUCCGCUCCUGGAUCUCCGCAUACGGCUCCAACGGCCUCGCUGGUAUGGUCGAAUCGCGAGACACGGUCAGCGGAGACGUCACCUUGGGCCCAGCUGCCUACAUCCGUUACGCCGCUUCAGGUAGAAGCGCCGCUCCCCUUUCGCCCAUCACAGCAUCCAGAAACAAGCAGUCUAGCUGCAGCAGCAGCGGCAGCAACAACGUCUCGAGCUCUCACCUAGCGACUCCUUCAUCAGCACUUAACAACAAGUCUUCAUCCGAAACGCUUUUAGCCAGCAACGCUUCCAAAGUAGCCGGCUCACGCUCCGGGCCAACAUCAAAGGGUGGAUCUAUCUUCAAGACGAGCUGCAACCCGAAUCUUGGCAACAAUGCAGCUUCGUUUGCCACUCCUCCCUUGCCUGUCGCCUCGCCAGCAUCACUCACGUCUUCUCAAUCCAUGUCAUCAUCGUCAGCAUAUCCUACAGCCAUCUCUCCCGGUCUCGGCGCAUUCCCUUCCGAGGGACCAUCCUACGACUCUUCGGACUAUGCUGCAACAUCAACAGCCUCUGCGCAGGCAAGAUUCACUUCCGUUUCGGCAGCCGUUCCUGGCAACACUGCAAGUGCAUCAGCCACCGGUAGCGCACGCGAAACCAAGAGAAGGCCUUCUCUGCUCUCCAUCCUAGAGAAAGCGGCACAUCCUGCUGCUUCCUUGCGAGCUGCCCUCGCUAGCGGAAGCUCAUCCAAUCAGACGGGCGGUAGUAUGUCGCAUUCCUUGUCUAGCAGGUAUCUCGACCAUUCUUUUGACGGCGGUAGCAGGGCCGUUUAA